GGAGGGACACACACACAUACACACACACUCACUGACUGCAGGCUUCGAUAUGCUCGCGCUCACCCUGUGGAUUAUCGUGUUGUGGAGCUCCGCGUGCGCGGACGCGAGGAAACCCGACGAGUUCUUCAGCGCGAGCGUUUAUCGUGCGAGGUGCGCGUCGCGGUGUCUCAGUCUGCACAUCACGCGCAUUUCUGCAGCUUUCAAGCAUUUACAGAGCAAUGGAUCAUUGGUGUGGUGUCAGAAUCACAAGCAGUGCUCAAAGUGUCUGGAGCCUUGCACGGCCUCAUGGGACCUGAAGGAGAACCAGUGUCAGGACUUGUGUGAGACUCAGUUCCCGAAGAAGCACUACGAGUGUCUGACGAGCUGCGAGUUCUUGCGUUCGGUGGAGUCGCUGAAGCAGGGCGCGUGUCCGGCGCCGGAUCGAGCCAGUGGGUUCGCAGCGGCUUGUGUCGAGAGCUGUGAGGAAGACAGCGAGUGCUCGACUAUAAAGAAGUGCUGUCCCAAUGGAUGCGGACACACCUGCCAGACCCCCAAGAACCUCUAUAGAGGAUCUCCGCUGAAGCCGCGGAAGGAGCUGGUGUUCUGGGAGCAUCCGUCGGGAAAACUGGAGGUCCGCUGGUCGUCGCGGUUCAACGUCUCGGUGGAACCGGUGCUCUACGUGUUGCAGCGGCGCUGGAACUUCGGCAUCCACCCCAGCGAAGACGACGCCACCCAGUGGCUGGAUGUGGCACAGGUUGCUGAAGAGCGGGUCGUGUUGAGCGACGUGAGGCCGAUCCGGUGGUACCAGUUCCGUGUGGCGUCGGUCAAUGUCCACGGCACCCGCGGGUUCACGGCUCCCAGCAAACACUUCCGGUCCUCCCGAGACCCGUCUCCUCCGCCGACCCCUGUGGGCCUGAACCUGACGCUGGGUCCCGAGGGUCUGAUGAGCGCUCGACUCCACUGGAUUCUUCCGGCAGAAUCCGAUGUUCCCGUUCAUCACUUCAGAGUCUCCUGGACCUGCAGCGUCCCGGGACAAUCCCCGGCGCCGUCCCGGAGGAAGAGGAGGAAGACCAUCGACGGGGCGCAGCGCUGGACGGCUCUGGACGGGCUUCAGUGGAACUGCAGUGGCUCGGUGGAGGUCCAGGCCGUGUCGUUCUGGGGUCAGCGCCGACUGAAGAGUCCCAAAGCCUCCGUUCACAUCGACACACAACAACACACUCAGUCAAAGGCAGUUUCUAAAGCGAGGAAAGUGCCGGUGAAGAAAUCCUCGAGCGCUCUGGGGGUCGGCACACCGUAUUACAAGAACGGAGAACUACAGGUGCGCAUCUACUGGAAGAAGAGAACAGAUGUGUCGGGGAACCGUUAUCAUGUUCAGUGGAAGCAUGAAUACUGCAACCACAACCAGAGCCGAGCGGCGGAGAAAUCAGUCACUCAGGAGAACUACAUUAAUCUCCCCAACCUGCUGUUCUCCUGCAUGUACACGGUCACGGUUCACACACUCGGUGCGAGACAGCGCUCCUCGGACGAGAGCAUAGGCUUCCUCACGCCGUCCUGUGAGAUCAUCCGGAGCAAGAGCCCGAAGCCCAUCGCCUGUCCCGGGGACCAGGGCCGCCUGCACAGGACCGUGCCGGCGAAGGUUUCGGCUCAGCCUGAGAAUCUCACAGCGACCUUCACUCUCCACGACGGGAACGUGACGGGUCACUUCCGCUGGAGGGGGUCGCGACCCCAGUCUCAUCAGCCAAUCACAGGCUUCCAGGUCACAUGGGCUGAGUUUUCCACAGAGAGCCGUCAGAACAGUCUUCCCAACAGCAUCAUCUCGCAGUCCCAGAUCCUGCCACCUAAUCAGAACCUCCUGGUGGUGUCUAACCUGCGGCCGGGCACGUUCUACCGGGUAGAUGUGCAUGUGAUCACCGCUACUGGAGAAGGACCCGCGACGAAGAGAGUGUUUCUGACGCCCAGCCGACCGCCGAUUCAGCAAAAAGCACAACUUCAUCAGCAUCACCAUCAGAAGUCUUCAGUGGAGAAACACUGAACCGGUCAGAACACGAAACACAACAAGCAGCGAAUCGCAGUUUCCUUCAGACGCUCUGAGCCUUCGUUCUUCAACAACACCCCAAACUCUUGUGCUGUCGCCCCGGUCCAUGUGUGCGCUUACAUUCAGAAACCAUUUCAGCAAGUUAAGAGCGAUGUUGUGUUCCUGGGGAUUUGGUCAGACUCUAUGAAAUGGAGUUAAAUUGAAAUGGAUGGAAGAAUGGGGUGUGUAAUCAAAGAGAGUUCAUGAUGAUCUGAGAUCAGAUCAGAUGAUGCAUGGCAAACAUAUUCAGUCAGUAUUUCCCAAACCCGUAUCUUUAUUCAGCUCUUUUCCAUUUCCAAGCAUCACUGAUCGUUUGUGUGAUUAAAUAAUGACUGGAUUUUAGGUUGAACUGUUCCUUUAAUAGGGUGUGAAAUCCAUCUUUGAUGCCUUUUAUUAUUACGUUAGCAAUUCUCCAUUACAGAUUAACAGAGAGUGUUUUGUUUAUUAAUAAAAUGAUUACUUAUGCGUGUUUUUUUGAUGGAAUGAUGUAAACUAUAUAUGUUCUCGACUGUAGAGAUAUUUGUUGCGGCAGUCAGUGAAUGUUGAUGUUGAUAUUUAUUUAUGUGUGUAUUGCAACACUUCAUUUGUAUGUGUGUAUGUGUGUAUUUUCCCCCAUGUAUUAGCAAGUCAGUGUUUUAUAAAAUACAACUUUGUGUAAAGACAUAAAAAAAAAGAAUUGUACAUAUAGUGAUAUGUUCCAUUAUUUCCAUAGAACCUGUACAUACUUUUAAGUAAUAAAAUAGUUCCUCUACUAAUUCAGAUCAUCUGUAGUCCUGUGUAAAACAUUUGAUGUCAGUGACGUACCUCAGAUCUGUGGGAAAUAAAUAAAUGCAUCACUGACUGAAAU